ACCAUGCACAGCAGUUAAAUAACCCAUUGAGCAACUGAUAGGGUUAGUAUUUCCUGACCAUCGCUCCUAUUAAAAACAUGCUGCGCUGUAAUCGUUUGCUGCUCCUGUCGGCGGCAGCAAGUUUCUUGAGUUGCCUGUUGCUGGGGACGCCACUGGCUGCUUCAGGUUACGAAUCUCGUAUCGUAGGCGGUGAAAAUGCAACUGCAACUGGCGCCCCGUACACCGUGGCAAUUCGUUCGACGGCGAACAGCUUUCUGUGCAAUGGAAUACUGAUUUCUAAUCGUGAUGUUCUAACAGCAGCCCAGUGCGUUUAUAAUGGAAGCACCGUAAGAAAGGCAUCGGAGUUCCAAGUGGUGCUAGGAACUCUGAUCAAUUCGAAUACUACCACGAAUGCAACGGUUCGAUCGGUUUGGAGAGUGUCGCCUCAUGAAAGUUUCAAUACCACAACGCGCAUCAACGAUUUGGCAGUGUUGCGAUUAAAUGAGAAUGUGACAAGCAUAAAUACCGUUGGGUUUGGUGCCACAACACCGGCGGUGAAUCGCAGCUGCGAUUUGUUCGGAUGGGGAGCCAACACAACAACCGGUUCACCAGCGGUAACUCUUCAACGUAUCAAACUGCAAGUGCAAACGAGCAGCUCGGCACAUUGCCUACGGACAACGGGAGGAACUGCUCUUGCUAGUGGAAUGUUCUGUGCAGGAGACUUGCUUGCCGGACGUGGUGCCUGCACAGGUGAUCUUGGAGCACCUUUGUUAUGCGAUGGAACUCUGUACGGCGUACUGUCGCUUGUGGGUGGCUGCGGUGCAGUAAACGAAACUUCAGUAUUUACUGAUACCACAAAGUAUAUAACUUGGAUCAUCAGUAAGGUGCAGCUUGCCGUCACCAAACCAUCCGGAGGUGGAGCAGCGCAAGUUGUUCUUAACAUCGGCGUCUUAGUACUGUCAGUAGUGUGUUCAAUUAUGAUGGCGAAAUAAAAUGCCGCAAAAUACGAAUUUGGGUUGCAUAUGUUGCUUAUCGAUACUGACCGUGACGAUAAGUAGAUAAGGGUUUGCUUUUCAUCUUUGACGAUUAGAUUGGUCUGUUAUUUUUAAGAAGUGAACUGAAACUGAAUAAGUAGAACAUUGAUUGAUUGAUUGGAUGUGGAGAAAAAAUUGAAGCAAGUACCGGCUUAAAACAAAAAAGUUAUCGCUGCUCUUGAUAACUCAGUUUGAGGACUAACUAAAUAUAGAGUUUAUAAUUA